ACAAGUCUGAUGUGGAGCUGAAUGACAAAGCUGAAUGUGAAAUAGAUCUAUUCAGAUGAAAUUGGUAUUGAUCUAGAUCUACGUCUAGGACAUCUAGAUCUAAGAAGCACAAGCAUCCUCUGUGCCUCCCGUGAGCUCGUUACUAAGUACUAAGCAAAAACUCAUCGACUGUUUUCCAUUAAAGGGUGAACGGCUGCUCACAAAGUCGUUUCCUUCCACCAUACAUGACUUCUAGGAGGACGCUUCGCAGCGGUGCCUCUUUUGGCUCCCCUGAAGAACUUCACAAGCCAAAGCAAUCUGUAGUUAGAAGGCAGCAAACCAAGGAAGACCGUAUAGACACCCCUGAACAGCAUGCAACGUUUGAUGAUGGCGAAGAGUCCAAAGGUUACAGCGGCUCCAUGGAAACUGAGAAAUCCGGUGAGAGUGGUGCACUACAGUUUGAUGACGACAAGGAAAAUAUGCCAGGAGAUUCCUUGAGCAUAACCUCAUGUACAUCCAGUGUGCUUCCAAAUCUAUGCGAUCCUGUCGCUGAACCCGCGUUAUCCGGAGCUAGUACUGUCCGCACUGGGGUCGGCGAGAAGAGCGACAUUCUCGUGUCCUUGCUGGGAGGUAAACACAUUGGCGGUGGGGACUGGGGCAAGAAUGGGAAUGCCGGGGCUUCUUCUGCUGCCAGAACAACGUGUGACGGAACCAAGACCAGCGCUGACGACAGAGAUGUCAGUUCAAGGCACGGGAAGGACGGGCAGUCUCAAUCUGUUGUGCGGACACGCAAACUGAACGCAGACGUGCUGAGCGCGCGAGAAUGCUCCACCACUGUGCCCCGCCCUGACGUGUGUUUCUUCUCUAACGGAGACCAUCAGAGUAGAUCUAGUUCUGCCAACAUGCUGAAGAUGUCGGAGAUACCGGGUGAAGCGUUUCUCGUGUCGCUGUCCAACGACGAGACGAAAGAGCUGAAUAUGGUGAAAACCACUUCUGGUACUAUGCGAGUUGGUUCUGGCUUGCAUAAAUUCAUGCCUCAGAGUUAUAGUUUUCAAGAGCCCUUCUCAAAACAUGCCUCCCAGGGCGGGGGCAAAAGCAAGGGGCAAGGGGAUAAAUGGUGUUCUAAUGUGGGUAAAUGUAGAAAUGAUGGGUUUGAUGCUGGCUUCUCAAAUUUAGAUAACUGUUUGUUGUCGCAUUCCGAUAAAGUAGACAGACACAAUAAACGCAGUAGUGUCGAGGAAAGGGCUUCUCGAACUCCACCUCCUUGCUCCGAAUCCUUUGUUGGGGGCUCCGCUAAAAGUGGAGGGAAUAUUUUUGAUAAUGUAUCAGCAUAUCGCAACACUUGUGAUCUGAUGCCCCCCACUUUGGUUGACUGUCUUAGCUCUAAACCAAUAGCUGAUAAAUUAGGCCCUACUCACGGAGAUUUUAUCCCCACUGAUAAGGACGCGUCAAGCAACAUCCAGCGAGUGUCCCAGUAUCCUUUGAUGGAGGGGAUUCUGACGCAUCAGUCUUAUGAGUCGAGUAUCCCAAGAGAUGGUCAUGACCGUCUGGAUCCACCCGAAUCGGGGGACGGCAUUGCUCGUCCUCCUAGAAAAGCCAUAAGUCUGCUGAAAGCCCCGUCUACGCCCGCCACGCCGUCGUCCCCCAUGCUGGACUCUGACUGCCGCUUUGACUCUUGCACAAUCAUCAAGAGAAGCGCACGUCUUCGUUGUCGGACGGAAGCUAAGCCCGCCUGCACAGUAGUCACGCAGCAGCCCGUUAUCUCAACGAUGAAGCCAGCUUCCUCUUUCAAAAGCAAGCCCACCACUCCGUCAACGGGAGCCAAAAAGAAGAAAACCCAUACCUCUGGGACAUCUGCGAAAGGGAACAAGAAAAAGAAGGUGAAAAAGCGCGGAGAUAACAAAAAAGGCGGACGUGGAAAAUCGAAGGACGUGGCCAGGCCGAAACAUGUCAUGUCCAGAGAGGUGAUGGACGGCAUUGUCCAGUCAAUAGAGGAGACAGUGUCUCGGGUUUCUCAGGAGCAGUCUCAACUAUCGCCAGAGGGCGGUACUUCAAACAGUGUGUCGGGUAUAAGCGACGAAGUCGGUCAGCAAGAUUGUCUUUCUGGCAUGGAGCCACCAACAGAAUCAUUUUUGCCACAUGCAAACUCCGAGUCUCGUUUUGGAGACAGUGCCGGGACGUGCCUUGUUGACGUCAGCAGCAAGGAGCCGUGCAAAAUCAUCAACAAGAGCAAGACAACUAAAAAGUCCAAGACCAAACAUUCGGCUACAAAGAAAUUUCAAAAGUCCACCAAGUCGUCGUCAAAGGGUAGUAGUUUACAUUCUUCCAAGUUUUCCAAAGCCAAGAAAAGCAAAAGCAAAGAGCUGGAGCUUCCAGAGUUGGUGGAGCUGAGUACUCCGGACGACUGCCAGCAGAGCGAAGGAGGGGAACGGUUCGUGUCCUCCGCGGAGACCAGGCCCACACAAAGCAAGAGGUUCCGGAAAAAGACCCGGAAGGCGGAGGAAGCUCUCGGCAAUGAUGACGUGUUCUGUGACGACGACUAUCCCACCAAGAAGUCCAAGGCAAAGAAAAGGUGUAUUGGCUCCAGUUUUGAGAGAGGUUAUUCUGGGCCUCGGAGAUCUCGGCGCUCGAGCCAACAAGGUGGACUGGUGGCUGAUCCUGUAUUGGGGGAACACGCCUUUAUCUUGUGGGCCAGAGCUGACCCAAGAGGACCCUGUGUACAUUGAGUUCAUCCGUCUAUCAGAGGACCGUCAGCGAGAGCUCUUACGCAAGUGGCUCAAGUUCUUUCAGAAGAUGAUGCCCAGAACGGAGUACGCCGAGUUCAUCGUGGGCUUCAAACGGGCCUGUGGCAGAGAGGGCUCGUCCCUGGGGGAGGGGCGUAUCCGGACACGCCUCCGGCGCCUGGACCCCGCCCACUACAGGACGCUGUUCGACAUGAUCCGGAUCACCAAGCCCCGCGUGGUGGAGAUGUACAGGGAGAACCGGGGCCGUGAGAGGAAGGUCAUCUCAGACACUUACAGCCUGAUGCUGCGGCAACUGGUCAACGGGAAGCCCUGGCCUCAUCUACACACGGACUGCCGUUCUGCCGUGCUGACACAGCUACUGGAGGACUUGCAGGUUCUACCACCACUUUGUUCCGUUGCAGGGUUUUGUUUGAAUUUUACUUUAUUCUGAUCUGUUCUG